AUAAGGAGAGAGAGAAAAAGAGAGGGGGGAGAGAGAGAGAGAGAGAAAUUCAAUUUUUUGACUUCGGAAAACGAACGAAUCAGAAGAUCCUGGUUUCGCCAAAUCGUGGAUUGUUCUUGAGGAAGAUGAAGAUUUUUUGACUUUCUUCUCACAACUCCAGCUCUUCCUCACUGAUCAAUCGAUAUGUUGAUACAAGCUUCGUGCAGCAAAUUCGAUUAUUCGCUCUGGCGGUCUUUUUUUGAGAAAUGUGCCGCUGAUUUGGUUUGAGAAAUCCAGAAGAAUCUGCUGAGGAUUUCCAUCGAAUUGGAAGGUUCUUCGCGACGGAGUCGGCGGUGGAAUUGCGUGGUUCUGACCGUUUGGUAGGUCUGGAGUGUUUUCUAGACGUAGUCAGAGCCCUCGGAAUGGGAUCAUGCCUCUCCGGCAACCGCACCAAACGCGCGAUCCCUUAUUCUGAGCUCGCUUCCACUUCUCGUAAUGAUGGCCUUGUUACUCGGAGGAACUCGAAGAGAAAGGGUUCCUCCUCUCCCUCUAAUGACUCCGGAAGGGAGAUGUCGCUUCAUCGAGUUCCUGGCCGGAUGUUCUUGAAUGGGUCAACAGAUCAUGCUUCGCUCUUUACUAGGCAAGGCAAGAAAGGCGUUAAUCAGGACGCUAUGAUCGUCUGGGAGAAUUUUGGUUCCAAAGAAGAUACAUUGUUUUGUGGAGUCUUUGAUGGACACGGUCCCUUUGGCCAUAUGGUUUCAAAGAAAGUCAGGGAUUCUCUUCCUCUAAAACUGAGCGCUCAGUGGGAAUUGGAUGAGACCAAAAAGGAAGGGCUAUCGGAUGCGAGUAGUAUUUCUCCAGGGCAUCAAGUCUCUCCACCAAUGUUGGUUUACAAAGACUCUGGGACCUCUCAUUGUGGCCUCAGUCGUCAGGGCAGUUACAACGACGUUUAUGUCAUGUUGAAAGAGUCUUUUCUGAAGGCUUUUAAGGUGAUGGACAAGGAGCUUAAGCUACAUCCACAGAUUGAUUGCUAUACCAGUGGUACAACAGCAGUUGCUUUGGUUAAACAGGGUCGGAAUCUUAUCAUUGGAAAUGUUGGGGACUCGAGGGCUGUUUUAGGUACCAGAGAUAAAUUUGAUUCUAUCAUUGCAGUUCAGUUGACCGUGGACCUCAAGCCAAAUCUUCCAAGGGAAGCUGAAAGGAUCAGACUUUGCAAAGGAAGAGUCUUUGCUCUUCAAAAUGAGCCCGAGACUUUUCGGGUUUGGCUUCCUAACAGCAAUUCUCCUGGUCUUGCUAUGGCCAGAGCGUUCGGAGAUUUCUGUUUAAAAGACUUCGGCUUGAUUGCUGUUCCUGACGUUUCUUAUCAUCCUCUUACCGAGAAAGAUGAAUUUGUGGUACUGGCUACAGAUGGGGUCUGGAAUGCUCUCUCGAAUGAAGAGGUUGUGGCAAUUGUUGCAUCUUCUCCUAGAUCCUCUGCAGCACGCGUCCUUGUGGACUCGGCUACUCGAGCAUGGAGAUUCAAGUACCCUACUGCCAAGGUGGAUGAUUGUGCAGUAGUAUGCCUGUACCUGGAUUCUAGCAAGAGUGCUCCAGUGACAGCGAAAGGGCAGGGGCUGCUUACCAAUGAUAUGGACACUCAGUAGAGCUCUUGCCUCGCUACGGCCGCUGUUCUCUCUCCCGAAACACUUGAUUGGUUCAGGCGAGUUUUGGAAAUAAAGGAAAAUCUUUAUUCCUAUCAUGGUUAUACUUCCUCUUCAUUCUUUAAAUCAUUGAUUAACUAUAUAUAUAUGUAUGUAUGUAUAUUUUCUUGUGUUUAUAAACUGUUGGAGAUGAAUGCUUGUUGGUGGUCAGUUGGCUUCAUUGUAGUUUUUUUUUUUUUUUUUUCUCCUUUUUAUAGGAGAAAUUUUGAAGCCAUGAUUGAUUGUUUAUUUCUCUAAGGAAUGAUAUAUAGAUAAAAGUUUUUCUUUCCUCCCUA